AUGCCUUCAGCUGCGAAUGCAAAGUCUGAAAAGCCAGCUUCUUCGGAGGCUACGGAUAAUUCGCCAAUACGACAGAUUAUGACAAUUAUUGAGCAUAAAAUCCGGAAUUUGGAGAAAAGAAAGAGUAAAUUAACAUCAUAUCGCGAUUUACAAAAAGCUGGAAAGGAGCUAAAUUCUGAUCAAAAAGUAGCUGUUGCAAAAUAUGAUGAAGUUGCCCAAACAUUAGAUUUUGCAAGGGACCUGUCGAAACAAGUCACUUCUAUUGCUAAUGCAGCCGAGCGGGAUGCCAAAAAACAAGCUAAGAAGGAAGCUUGGGUCCGCUAUGCAGCUGAAAGUAAUAAAAUCCGUGAAGUGCUACUCAUUCUUGAUGUCCUCAUGCAAAUGGGUAAUAAUGAGGCACGCAAUGAUUUUCUAAAUGGAACAAAUGGCGCUGCUAAACUUACUGAUGAGGACUUAAAGAUAUUAGAUGAAUUGUACCCUGAAGUGACCCCAAAACAUGAAAUUAAUGAGGAAGGACAACCUGGAUUUCAUCUACAAGUAACAAAAGCUGCUGAUCAUCUGUACUCUAUUAUAGAUGGUAAACCAAAGGAAAUCCUUGGCACUACUUACUCGCGAAUAAAAGAGAUUAUAAGCAGUGUACAUGAAUGUGGUUAUUUUGAUCGAGCUGUUGAAGUAAUUUCAACUGAAGUAGAAGAAACUCAUGUAUGUGUUCCUGAAGAGGAACCACCAGAACACCUGGAGGAUGAAAUUGAACUAGAAGUUAAUGCUGCUUACCCACCAGCAGGUUCACUACCUGUCCCCCCUGCGCCAGCUGUUGUUCCUGCCCCAGCGUAUCCCUUGCGUCCAUUGCCACCUAUCACCUUGCAAGAAGUUGAACAUGCAUAUUUUGCCCAGCAAUAUCCUCAACAAAGACCUAUCGCGGAAGUUAUUGGUUCUCAAAAUUUCUUUUUCCUUCAAGAAUCUGAGAUUGAUAGCCCAGUUGGUACACCCCAACCACCACCAAUUCCAAACCAACCAUCACCACCAGCACCAAUACCCACACAAACAUUUACUAAUCAACACUUUGUCCAACUUCCUGGGGCGCGCGUUCCCGAACCUGGAGCAAUACCGAUGCCCCCACAGCCGCAUUUCGCACCACACCAUGAGCAUGCCGGUUUCCCCUCUGGUCCAGUGCCAAUGCCUCCAGUUCAAGCAGCGCAUCCACACGGACCGGUUCCCCAACCUCCUCCACAUGCAGUACACGCUGUUCCUGUAGCACCGCAACCAAUUCUUCAAGCACCGCAACCUACUGCACCCUUAGUCCCUUCGGCUCCUGUUGUAGUCUCUCCCAUACAGCCCGAGGAACUACCGCCUACUUCGCCACUAGUUGAUAGAGAUGAUGAAGCAACAAAAGAUAACCGAAGCCCUGAGCAAGAAGAUAGUAAUGACCGCAAACCGCAAGGUCAAGGUGAUGGACAAGGCCGUUACAGACGUUACGGGAGAACUGGUGGUGCCAGAGGCGCUCCAAAUGGUCACCGCGGCCGUGGUACUUUCCAAAACCGACAAGGUGGUGAUAGUUAUCGCGGUAGACAGGGAAAUGAUUAUCAAAGUAGACCAAUGAAAGAUGGCUACCAAAACAGACAGUAUGAUGGUUAUCACGGGAGACAUGGUAAAGAUGGAUAUUCAAACAGGAAUGAUGGAUAUUACGGUAAUGGAGAUGCGGCCGAAGGCGCUCAACACAAUGAAAAUGGAGGCCGCGAGCGAUAUGGUGAUGGUAGCCAAAGCUACCAAGGCGGUUUUAAGGGACGCGGCAGAGGAGGAAUACGUGGCGCACCUCGCGGAUCCACUCGUCCUCCCCGUUCUCAACAGUUCACAAGAAAACCAGAAAACGCGGAAUAGUUUAAGUGGAUUUCUAUUUCGCAGUGAACCCCAUUUUCGGUGGUUUUCUACAUUGUAAAAUAUUUGAUUUCUCUAAUGGACAAAAUCAUUCGUGAAGGCAGAUUUCACAAGCAACAACGCGCUGUGGUUACAAACUAGAGAUUAUCGUAUAAAAAUAUUUUAAAAAAAUUAUAAAAAAAAAGUAAAAUAUUAAAACAUGAAACGGAAUAAAAAAUAAGUUACUUGAAUUUAGAUGUAUGAUAUAUUGCAAUUAUUAUAAGUUACGUUACGUUAGAUAGGUUGUGUCACGCAAGUGACGUCAAGUGACCCGGUGAGAAAGCAGAUCAUUGGAGUCACCGAAUGUCGCUCAGUACCUCGUGCGUGCCUCGUCCUCGUGAUAAUUUAAGUACAGGAUAUGUGCAUAUGUGCACACCAUGUUAAUUCACUCAACCGGGACCUUUCCAAAUCACAUUGAUCUUUGUAUUUUUAAUACAGUUAAAACACUAAUAAUUAUAAAUAUGUUAAGAUAUUCUAUACAUGUUUGAUUUUCUUAAGUCAUUAUAAUCAUCAAACUUGUCAUAAUUGUAUGAUUUUGCUACUAUUACUGAACUAAUUUUUGAGAAUUUUCUUUUUAAUGAAGUACCUUUUAAUACGAUCUACCUACCUACAUCUUUACGAUUUUAUUAGCCAUGGUAAAUAUGAUUUGGAAAACUUCAAAAAUAUAUAGUUGUAUUAUGUGUAACAGUUUUUUUAAUUGAACUAAAAGUGACCAGUGACAUUUUCUCGUCUUAAUUGUUUGUCUCGGCCAAGCUUUCUAUUUCAUUAACAUUGUUCUCAAUAGAGGCUGUGUGCAAGCAAAUUAAAAGUAUUCUAUGAAAAAA